AUGCCGCCAGAGAAGCGCCCCGCCGCUCCAUCGGUGGAGGACCGCGUCAAAGGGAGUUUCCUGGAGCUUCAGUUGCUGGAAGAAAGCCCCUGGGAAAAACAGCUGCGACUGGCACUGCUGGAGAAGGAGAUAGCACUGGGGAGAUUGCAGAAGGCCACAGAGGCCAACGACAAGAAUGAUAUCGCGGAGGCCGAGAAGAAGGUCGAGGCGGCCGGGAAGAAGGUCGAGGCGGCCAAGAAGAAGGUCGAGGCGGCCGAGAAGAAGGUCGUGGCGGGUCCAGCCCAGGAAUUGCCCCGACCGACUCGGGAGUUCGACCAUUUCGGGCUCCCCGAGCUUAAGGAGUUCAAGGCCGGCGAGCUGCUCGACGUCGAGAAGUUCAAGGACUUCGUGGCGCCCAACACGACCGCUGACAGACCGCUCUUCCUGCGAAAGCAUCUCCUCAACGUGCACAACAAGGCAGUGGAGGCUUUGCAGGCGGAGGAGAUUCGCCUGGUGUCGCUGGUCGGCUGCCCCGGCACCGGCAAGACGUGGUGCGGGUGGCUGGUGGCCUACACCCUGCAGCAGAAGGGCAAGAAGACCCUGCACCUGACCAUCAGGAACUCAGACGUGACGACCAUCGCCAACUUCGAGACGAAGAAGCAACACAAGGAGGUGCACUGGAACGGGCACAUGCUCGAGCAGGUCCUGCGGGAGUCGCAGUGCCAGGUCUGCAUCGUGGACGUGAGCAUGAACAAGCCGGAUGCGGCCACCGACAUCUUCACCGGCAUCCAGCAGCUGAUCGAGCGGAACGAGACAGAGUUCGCUGGCGUGAAGUUCAUGGGGCUGAUGUCCGGCCACGGUGAGACCAAGAUCGUUGGCAAGCCGUCCCUUCACCUGUCGCCGUGCAAGCUGGUUCUUUGGAGCUGGACAAAAGACGAGGUGGAGGAGCUUCGUGAGAAGUUGGGUGACGCUGGCGCUCCGCCUGCGCACGCAUAUGCAGUUUGUGGCGGCUCCGUGCGGUUUCUCUUCAAGCCUGACGAUGAAGAGGGGGUCAUUCGAGCAGCCGUACGGGGCUUGGAGCAAGCGGACAUGGCAAGGUUGCUGGUCCUGGAUUUGGGCCUGGACGAUGUUGACAAGAAGCACUGCACGGGACUUCUGUCGUUCUUUCCCCGACAAGGCUCCAACGCAAACGAUGAGAGCUUCGCACAGGGCGUCAGCGCAGCACGGCCGAUGCCCCGCUCCGACUUCGUCAUCAAGUGCAUCAAGCAGAACAAGCACGCGAAGUUCGAGGAGGUGUUAAACAUGUACAAGGAGCUCUCGAACAUGAACGCAGGCGCCGCCGGCUGUGCCUUCGAGCUCUUGGUCCACCUGUUUUGGCGGGAUGCUGCCGCGACAAAGCAGAAGGUCGAGCUUUCACUUACGGGCAAGGAGAUCGCCAACGAGGUGGAAGUGGUGGAUUGCGCAGAGUUCCCGCAAAGCCCUAAAAGUAUCGAAGAGUAUGACAAGGAGGCCGUCGCAGUCCACAACAACCUUGUGGGCUACUUCACGCCUGACAGCCAGCGAUAUCCUGUGCUCGACAGCAUUCUCAGGUUCAAGUUUGCCGGGAAGACCGAGGUGUUGGCCAUCCAGAUCAGCAUUGCAAAGGAGCACAAGCAUGGCCCGCUUGAAGACCGGCCGCAGUUGCUGCCGCCUGCGCCAACCAAGCCGCAGUUGGCUUUGUGGGACUUUCGCAAGGGAGAGAAACCCUGCGAGUGGAAGCCCAAAGAUUCUCAUGACUGGGAGCUGCUGCACGUUAGCUGCCAAGACUUUGACAAGCGGAUGGGGUGCAGUUGA